AUCGCGUUGAAAUCGAAGCUUGACGGUAAUUUACACCGAUUCAUCUAGUACGUUGGUAGCGUAUUUGUGAAAAAGAAGCUGCUUCGGGCGAUGCAAAAAUGGAUCCCUUCACGCAGAACAUAUUAGAGCGAGCCGAAAAACGAGCAGCGGCGUUAGGAAUUGCGAACACCUCAAAGUUUCCGCUAUCCGAGUUCAACUACGAGGCCGAGAAGCCAGCGCCGAGUUCGGCGGCGUCACCGAAGAAAAAGGCACCGUCCCGGAAGCAUUCCGCUCCGAAAGUCCCCUCGACGACGACGACGGUAUCGAGUCGUACGGUUGAGGUGGACGGUGAUCGAGCCACUACGCUCAACAUCGGAGGGGCGGAUCCGGAGGAUUGUGAUGUGGCACUGGAAAUCAACAUCAUGACUAGUUCGAACUUGAAGGUCGAUCUGGGCGUUAGGGAGAUGGAGGCGGACGGAGGAGUGAAGAACUCGUAUGUAGUCCGAUCGAUCGAGCAGCAGCAACAGGAGCAGCGUGAAGCCGAGAAAGAGAAUGCUGAGGCGAAGAACCUGAUUCGAGAUCAGUCACGCAACCAGCUGCAACGGCUCGGCACUUUGUACUCGGAAACGCAGGAUCUUUCCUCACCGGUGCACCGUACCGAAGGACGCUUUCAUGAGGAUGUGAAGGAAGGCAGUAAACCGAAGCCGAAGCUGGCAAAGUUGGCCAUGCUGGCCGAUUCGAUCAACAACUGGGAAGAUGAUACGUCCCACCCGGACAUCAAACAUCAUCGCGAGACGAUCGUACCGGGUAGAGAAAAGUCUCCGCAUCAUUAUCAACAUCAGCAAAGUCCUAAGCGAAUGGUGGGAGGUAGCACCUCCGGUGGCAAUGGUGCAGGUACGGGUGCAACCCCGAAGAAAUACGCUGCACCAAAUCCUCCGAAAUCGAUCCUGAGCCCUCAGAAGACCGAAUCGAACCGUACCGCUCGGACAAGCGGAACUGGUAAGCCGUUGCAACAGCAGAAAUCUUUGAAAUGGGACGAACGUGUAAUGGACGAUCUGGAGCUACAAGGUUUCCAGCGCCGAGAAUCGACAGCCACGAAGAUGGUGUAUGACUACAAGAACACCGAAACGAAUGGCGAUAAGAAAAAACCGGAUAGCUAUCGAGCUCCACAAGCAGCCCGACCGAAUGCUGCUAGUGCUGCUGGAACGUAUUCCGAUUCCCGGGAGCGUACAGCUACGAAAGCGAAUCCAGAACCAUCGACGAGCAAGCCAACGCAGAAGCCUCCGUCUGCUCCGACAGGUUCGCAAAAGGGUGGAGGUAUCGUAUCUGGGCGUGCGGCAAUGUUUGAAAAGUCUGGCGGUCGGAGACAAUCCAUUUUGAAAAAUGGUCAGAAAGAUCCAGCCGAAAUGUCACUGAAAGAGCGUAUGGCCAUAUUCGAGAAGAAUAAGGGGACGGCGCUGGUGCCGAAAGCGGCUUUCGGUAUAAGUCCUUCGAUUAGGCAAAUCACUGGCCAAAAGGAUGCAGGCAAACCAUCGGCAUCAUCCUGCUCGGCCAUUCAAGGUUCGGGCUUUGGUAGCAUUGCUCAGCCGCAAGCUCGGGCACCGCCAUCACCACAGCGAAACGCGACCGCCCAGAAGCAGAUGGCACCAACGCAAAACAAGGCCGAAACCAUGGCAAGUGGAUCAGCCAUCCGCAAUACGGUAGCGGCACUCAUGUCCAAUGCUAGCACCAUCUCGGAGUCACAAAUUGCCGAAGACAUUCGUCGACAGCGGCAGCAGGAAAUGGAUCUGCUGCUAAAUCGAUUCACCAAACCCGUCGACAUGUCGUCGGACACGGCUUCAGGCUACGAUUCCCGACCUAUUCCGUCAGCCCCUCCGAUGCCACCAGAGGGCUAUCUUACGGCCAGUGGCCAGAAGAAAAAAUCGUACGGCGGUGAAAUGAAUCAACCCGGGGCAGUCAAACGGCGUAGUGAUGGAACGAACGACAGCCCCGGAGUAAUGGCUGCACUCGAUGAUGUGAAGCGUAUUCGAGUAACGAGUACUGCUAAGGAUGGUCGUAUGUAUCCUGCACUGAGCGAUAUUGAAACCACGGCCACCGAAUCGGGCGAUGAGGGACGGGAGGAGGAAGAAGAGGACGUUGGUGGAACUGCCGAUGGCUACACCACGGCCACUGUCUCUGGCUCCGAGUCGUCCGAUCGUGCGUUCCGAACAUGCUACGGAAGUGACCUGCAGCAGCAGCAACAGCAGCAUAGCGAUGAAGAGGAGUAUGACGAGGAUGAAGACGAUCGCGAACACGAGGAUAACAGAUACGAAGUCGAUGAGGAUGACGACAGUUUCAUGUACUCGGACGAUGAUGCCAACAUCGCGAACGUCAGCCUGGGGAGGGAAAUUUUGCAAGCGGUGGAAUUGAACGGUCGGCAGCGGUCCUCCAGCAACCAGCAGCAUGGUCGUGGUCGUCGCCAAAGCCACGACGGGAAGCGUAAAUCUUCGGUAGCUUCGAACAGCUUUUCUUACCAGAAAAAUCCAUCCCACGGCAAUGAACGGGUUGGUACGAUUGAGGAGGAGGAGCGUGCCGUAGGCUCAGAAAAGCGAAAAUCCAAAACGCCCCGCAAAAGUAUCGGUAUGAGCAACGGGACCGUAGACUACAGCACCCCGGUGCGAUCCGAACUGCAGGUGAAACCUUCGGGAGACGAUAACAUCGUUACAUUGGUGCACACGGUCAGCUUCUAUCGUCGGCAACAGCAACAGAAUGCAAGCGCCGUUACGCCUCGUAGAGUGCCGCGCACUCCAAUGGGUGGUGGUGGAUCGAAACAGCAGCACGGCCGCGAGGACGAAGCGGGUCAACCGAGGGUUGAUUCUACGUCUCGUGAUGAUAACGAUUCGGGCGAGGAGAGUGUUUCGAGCACGGUUGAGUCAACCAGCACCAGUGGAACGACCGAAGAGAGCGAAUUUUUGGUGCAGGAAAAGAUCAAAAAGCUGUUGGACGAGGUGUGCAAACAGCAGACCAUCAUUGCGCAGGCGAGCCAGGCUCUCAAUCUCUGUGCAGCUACGAUCGAGUUUUCCGGUUCCACCGAAUCAGCCGAAGGCGAACGGCAUCUUCUCGUUGCGACUCACCGUCGGCAGGCCAUAUUAGAUGAAGUGCAGCGCCUCCGAGUGGAGGGAUGUUUGCGACCGCCCGGCGCUCCUAUGGAGAAGGGUCGCCUUACGGUGAAAGACAUUACGUUGCCACUCAAGCAAGAAUACCUGCGCAAGCUAGCGGCCGAUCAAAUCAGUGGUCACAAUCUGGUGUGUCUGCUGAAGUACAAUGAAACCGUGUUGGCCACACAAACAGUACCGACGCUGCCCGGUCUGCUGUCAGUUCGGUUUCCCGAUGUCCUACAGCUAAGCAAUGUGUUCGCUGAUUUUAAGAUAACGAUGGAGAUCUACGGUAUGCCAGCGGCCCGCGAGGUACUUCCGCACGAGAUCAAGUAUCACAUUGCGAUGGGAGGCAAUAAGAAGAAAGGCAUGCACACACCGAAGGGCAUGAAGAGCAACUCGCGACUCGUAAUGCCACCGGUACAGUCACCGGCCGGUCCGCAAGCGGUCCGGUCACCGUCACUCACUAUGUACGGGUUCAUCAUCUUUUCGCUGAAGGAAAUCCAGCGCACAAGCUGGACGCUCAAUCCGAUCGCUGGCUGUGCCAGCCCACUCGAGGGGAUUGUCAAUAUGCGCGUCAACUGUGAGCUGGCCGUCACGGUCGACUAUAGUGGGUUCCUGACGAUGUACGAGGAUGUUUCGGGGCUGGGCGCGUGGCAUCGACGGUGGUGCCGGCUACAGCGUCACACGAUCAACUACUGGAAGUAUCCGGAUGAUGAGCGCCGGAAGGCACCGAUCGGUAGCAUCGAUCUGCAGGGCUGUUCGACCGAGCGGCGCGUAACGGUUGCACCGCGUGACGUUUGCUCGCGCUUGAACACGCUGAUGCUGGAGUUUCCGCGACCAGCACGCGAUGAUGAUGUGGAAUCGUUAAAGAUUGUGCGACGUGGCAAGACGACAAUCGAAAGGUAUCUCCUGUCCGCUGAUUCGAAGGAGGAGCGGGAUGAAUGGUGUGCCCAUCUGAACAAGACACUGGCUCUCUUGAAAGCAUGGGGCUCCAACAGUGCUUCGACUAGUUAGAUGAGUGAUCAAGCGUGCGAUAAGCGGAAACAUAGGGAACGGAAACGCGAGUAUGCGUCACCAACUUAUUAAAACUUAAUUUUAGCUUGGCUUUUGCUAGAUUUGCUAGGAUCGAUUUGUUUUUUUUUUCGGCGCAUUUGUGUAUUUGACUAGCUUAUAAAAAGAUGCUUUUAGUCGCUUUAUUUAAACGGUUGCUUCGGUAAGAUUCUCUUUUUUUCUAAAAGCUGACAAGCGUGCGAGACGUUGGUCUUCAACAAUCAAACAGGUGCCAUCCAAUAGUGGCUUCCUUUACGCACACACUUUUGCAGCUUUCAAUGAAAUGAAAACUAAGUGUUUGAAUUCAGCCGAAGGAUAAGAAAGUAAAGUAUUCGCUUCUUCGUAUUAAAAUGGUCUGUUUGAGACAACGAAAAUUCAUGAGUCGUUCUCCGGGGAUGAUCUGUGCUCGUUUGCAGUCAUUUCGAUUGAUGGAAGUGCUAUCCAGAUGUAAUUAACGAGUGAAAACGUAAAUAUAUAACUUUUACUAACAUAAGAUUGUUGUCAUUUUAUAAACAGUAGUUCUAUCAACGAUAAUAACUUAUCUGGCGAAAAUAGUUACUAUCCCAGAACUCACGAUGGCCAUCAAGGUGUAGA